AUAUUAAUAUAUGGUUCACCACCUCUAUCCGAUGAUCAGAAUAGCAGCAAGGUGUGCACUGAAAGCCCGUUUGUAUGCAAGAAAACUCCAUCACCUAAAAGAGCAAAUCUAUCCAACGACCACAAGCGUUGGGAAAGCUACGACGAUGACGAUGAAGAGGGUGUCCUGCUAGCUUCCCAAGAUAGUGAUAGGGACGAUUAUGAAGGCUCCUCUGGAAUCUCAGGGUCGUCGAUAGCUUCAACCCCUCAGCGAACCAUCCUGCUCCGUGGCCUCCCCGAUCGUGUUGCUCACAGAGAUCUUGUUGAAGCCAUAAAGGGUGGCGCUCUUCUCCAUGUUCACCUUCGAACGCGGGAGCGCAUGGCUAGCAUUUCGUUCGUCGAGGAGGCAAACGCACAGGAAUUCUUUCAACAUGCAAAAUGUCACGGGGUUUGCAUUGCUGGAAAGCGUGUGGAGAUAUCUUGGAAUGACCGCCAGUUUUACCUCCCCCCUUUCGUCAGGGCUAAGAUCAACAACGGAGCUUCACGCAAUCUUGUCCUAUACAAUGUGCACCCCAACGUCACGGAAUGGCUUAUUCGGAAGGACCUCGACCACAUCUAUAACCUCAUCGUCAUCACAGUCAAAUUUAAGAACGGAAACGCUUACAUUUCCACCAAUUCCGUACAUAACGCACUGUUUGCACGCUCUUGCAUGAUGUCUCGACUCACAUACAAAAGGAUGAGGAUUGCAUUUUAUCCGGAUGAGUGCGCUGAGCCUCUGCCCAAGCUUACCAAUGGGUUGAAGAAAGAGCCACAGGUGCCAUCCAAGAAAUCUGUUUCAGCCCUCAAUCGGUUCCAGCUCCUUUCACUUGACGGGGCCGAGGAAGAUGAAACUGAUCAUGAUCACGGCCAAGCCGGAUUGGACGACUACCGCAAAACCACUGCACUGAAGGUGCAACAUUAAUGGAACCACCCGUGGGGGCGAUGCUUAAUGGAGAUCUAACUACGUCAGUUGGUCCAAUACGUUAGGAAGUAUUACUAAAUAGUUGGUAUAGGUCAGAUUCUUUGGGGUAGCAAGGUGCAAGAAAUCCAGCUCCAGUAUUCUGAAUAAAAUUCCCAAUCACAAGAUGUAGUGCCGUACACAAUACAAGCCUAAAUUCCCUAGGAGGAGCCUUCCAAAUGCAUUUGGUAGUGAGUGAGCAUAGUGAAGAGCCUUACUCAGAAGGGAAACGAAACAAAAAUAGGGAAAAGGUAAGUAGUUUUCCACAUACGUAGAUACUCAUGUUG